AUGUCUAACUGGAACGCGGUUGGUGGGAUUCUAGGCGAUUAUUCCCGAAAGUGGAGUGGCAAACCGAAGACCGCGGCGGACGCGCGCCUAUCGGAGAAGAGGCGGAAGGACGACCUCGCCGAUCUCCUCGCGACGAUUCUCGAGUAUUCGACGAUAAUGCCGUUCAAGUGGUACGCGAACAAAUACAUGUGCUUCUACUGCUGCUGCCCCUUCCUCGACAGCGAGUCCCUCAAGCGGCACACGGGGCAGGAGCACCGCGGGCCGAAGCCGCCCAGCCUGCUCCGGGCGGUGGUCGGCUACAGCCGGAUAAAGCUGGACCUCUCCGAGGCCAAGGCGGUCUGCGCGAAGUGCCGCCGCCCGUGGAGCACCCUCGAGGAGCUGCUCGAGCACGUGCGAUCGCACGGCGAGCGGGUGGACGAGCGCGCGGCCGGCCAGCUGGUCGCGUUCAGGCUCUCCGACGAGGGGAUGCGCUGCGUCGACUGCGGCCAGCGGUACCGUUUCUUCGGCCCGCUACUCGCCCACGCGCACCGCCUGCACAACAAGACAGCGGCGUAUCUUUGCGAGAUAUGCGGCCAGGCGUUCGUGGCGAAGGCGAACGUAGACAGCCACGUGCGCAGCGUACACACUACGGGCCGCGCAGCGCGCGACGUUGAGCUGCGCUGCCCCAAAUGUCCUGAAGUUCUGCGCAGCCGCUACUUGAGGAAGCGCCACCUGGCGUUGGUGCACGACGUGAAAAGCGCCCAGUUCGCGUGCGCCCAGUGUCCCAAGGUGUUCACGGAGAUGAGCAACCUGGUUCAGCACAACGCGCGAGUCCACUUGAGGGAGCGCGCGUUCGCCUGCGACAUCUGCGGCUUCCGCGUGUUCAGCGGCGACCUGCUCCGCCGGCACAUGGUGCGGCACGACGACUCGCGCCCGUACCAGUGCGAGUUCUGCAAGAAGUGCUUCCAGCGCCAGAAGACGCUCGAGUUCCACAGGCGGAUACACACGAACGACAGGCGGUACGCGUGCGAAGAGUGCGGGAAGGCGUUCGUGCAGGUCACCAGUCUGAAGCUGCACGCGAGGGUGCACCACGGCCGGCCUGGAGGCGCCAAG